AGUCAUAUGUCUGCUUACUUUUUUCUAGGCAUUUCUAUAUUGAACGUUUUGUUUUGUUUUGGUGAAUCCACGUGCCAUGGAGCGAGAUGGAGAUGAGAAUCAAGCCAUCAAAAUUGAUGCCAGUGAAGAGAAACCAUUUCUGAGCUUCUUUGCGAAAUUGCCAGAGAAACCAGCCACAACCAUCAGGAUUUUCGAUCACGAUGAUUAUUACACGUGUCAUGGAGCAGAUGCUGUUUUUGCAGCGAAUGAGUUGUUUCAUUCGAAAGCUGUUUUGAAAUUUAUGGGAUCGGGAGGUAAGAAAGUGGAGUAUGUUACCAUGAGCAAGACCAACUUCGAAGCAUUUCUCCGAGACCUGCUCCUGGUUCGACAAUAUCGCGUGGAAAUGUUUAUCAAUCAUGGAACGAAAAGUAAUCCAAACUGGGAACUUGGUCAUACUGGGUCACCGGGGAACUUGUUCCAAUUUGAGGAUGUCCUGUUUGGUUCCAGCAGUCAGUCGGUGUCUUCGCUUCUUGCUGCGAUAAAAUUCGGCCAGGAUCAGGGUCAAAAGACCGUUGGACUUGCUGUAUUGGAUCCUGGAGCUCGGCAUAUUUUCGUGAAGGAAUUUCCGGACAAUGAAACCUUUUCAGCUUUAGAAGCAGUUCUGGUUCAAAUUGACCCGAAAGAAUGUCUCAUUCCUGUGGAGAAUGCAGGGAAAGCUGCUGAAUCCACGUCCAAAGCUUCGCCUGGGACAAGUGUUUCAGGAAUCGUGGAAAGAGCUGGAAUUUUGGUCAGCUCUCUGCCGAAAGCAGAUUUUUCUUCCAAGGACGUCGUUCAGGACCUCUCAAGGUUGCUAAAGUUCAAGAAAGGCACUUUGGCGGAUGCAGCCGUUAUUCCAGAGACUCAAAAGCUGUUUGCUAUGGGAGCUUUGGCCGGAAUAAUCAAAUUCUUGAAGCUGAUGUCAGAUGAAAGCAACUUCAGCACUUACAAGAUCCAGGAGUUGAAUUCUUCCACUUGGAUGCGAUUAGACGCUGCUGCUGUGAAAGCCUUGAAUGUACUGCCCUUGCCCAAUGAAUCAAGUAAAACUGGGUCUUUGCUUGGUAUUCUCAGCAAGUGUAGAACUGCACAAGGCCAGAGGAGAUUGAGGCAAUGGAUCAAGCAGCCAUUGACUGAUGUCAACAAAAUUGAAGAAAGGCUGAAUGUGGUGGAGACAUUCGUGAUGGACACGUCCUUGAAACUGAGUCUGAGAGAAGACAUGCUGCGAAAAUUGCCCGACUUCCAGAGAAUAAAGAAGCGUCUUCUCACGGGUUCAGCCAAUUUGCAAGAUUAUUACCGACUAUACACGAGUCUCAACGGUAUCCCAAGUCUGUUGUCGUCCUUGAGUGCGAAUGAAGGGACGCAUAUUUCCACGAUCGACGCCAUGUUUGUGCAACCCCUGCAACAGCAGUUUGUCGGCACGUCCAAGUUGUUGCAGAUGAUCGAGUUUUCUGUGGAUUUGGACAAGGCUGCCAAUGGGGAAUUCGUCAUCAAAACUGGGGUUGAUGAAGAUCUAGAUGGUCUCCUGGAAGAGCUUUCAAAUUUGGCAGCAGCUAUGAAAGCGGAUUGGGACGUUGUGAUGAAAGAUCUUCAGUUAGACUCCAAAUCGUUGAAGUUGGAAAGCACUGAUCAGUUGGGAUACUUUUAUCGAGUCACCAUGAAAGAUGAAAAGACGUUGAGGAACAACAGCAAGUACAAGAUGAUCGAUGCUAACAAAGCGGGUUUCAGGUUUGCAUCAGGAACUCUGAAGAGGCUGAAUGCCGAGUACAUGACUGCAAAAAAGUCGUACAAUGAACAAGAAGUCACGAUUGUCAAAGAACUCUGCAAAGUUGCUGUGACUUACCUCGACACCAUGCAAGCAAUUAACGACAUCACGGCAGAAUUGGACAUUUUGUGCGCUUUUGCAGCAGCUGCGACAUCAGUGCCAAUCCCGUAUGUUAGGCCGAAGAUACUUCCGGCUUCCGAGGGUCGGAUUUCCUUGGUUAAUGCUCGUCAUCCUUGUCUCGAACUGCAAGAUGGCAUUAGUUUUAUACCCAACAGUGCGGAAUUCCGGCAUGAUGGGAAGAGAUUUUGGAUAAUCACGGGUCCGAAUAUGGGAGGUAAAAGCACGUUUAUUCGAUCGGUGGGCUGUGCUGUUUUAAUGGCACAACUGGGAAGCUUCGUCGCGUGCGACGAAGCCGUGAUUUCGGUGCGUGACGGAAUUUUGGCACGUGUUGGAGCCGGAGACGACGCAACUCGUGGCGUGUCUACUUUUAUGGCUGAAAUGCUGGAUGCUGCUGCCAUCUUGCGGUCUGCGACUGAUAAAUCACUAAUCAUAAUUGAUGAAUUGGGACGUGGCACGUCGACAUACGAUGGAUUCGGGCUGGCUUGGGGCAUCUCAGAGCACAUUGCCCGGAAGCUGGCGUCCUUCUGCUUGUUUGCGACUCAUUUCCACGAGCUGACUGCCCUGGAUGACGAAGUAGAUUGCGUUGGCAACGUCCACGUAUCAGCGGUGACCUCCAAUGACCAACUGACCCUUUUGUACGAGGUCAAACCCGGGGUUUGCGACCAAAGCUUCGGGAUCCACGUUGCGGAAAUGGUCAAAUUUCCUGUGGAAGUGAUCCAGGAUGCCCGGCGGAAACUCGCGCUGCUUGAAGACUUCUCUUCCGACGUUGUCAAAGGAACCGAAUUGGAAGGUUCAACUGCCGAAGCAGCGAAACGAAGGAGGGAAACUAAAGAGGCUGGACGGAAAUUAAUUGCGGACUUCGUGGGUAAAAUGAAGCAAUACAAGAAAGAAGGAAUGUCGGCUGAAGAAGCAUUUUUGAAGAUGCAGGAGAUGAAGAGACUCAUUUUGACGGAGGACAACUUGUAUGUCAAAGAUCUUCUCGCUCGAAACGGCAUCCAGUUGAACUGAAUUUCUUGCGCGUGUGCCAUUUUUCACAAUUUUGAAGUUUCCGUUUUUUUUAUAAGAGCUGGGUUUGAUAAAAGCGUUCGGAAGAUACACUGGUAUUUUCUUGGGAGAUAAUUUGAAGAGAUAGGGAG